AUGAAAAGAUAUUUAUCUAUAUUGAUAAUAUUAUUCAUCGAGAUCGAUUAUUCAUUUUCAAAAUUGACAAUGGCAUCAAAAAAUUUAGAGGCAGCAUCUGCAACUUAUUUACGAUUAAAAAAUGUACAUGGCCAUUGGCAUAAUCAACCUCAUAAUCCUGCUACGGAUAAUUUUCAAGGGGAACGUCAUCAAGCUAUGAUUGAGUUACAACAGAAUCUAGGAAAAGCAGGUACAUCCGGUGAUGAAAUUCAACAUUUAAUGGGUACACCCACGAAAAUUCUCAAUAAACCUGAUUUAGUUCUUGAACAUGAAUUUCGACGUGAGAAUGAAAAUUAUACUUAUCCGAAAGAUGCAAAAAUUUGGAUUUAUGAAUGGCGUGGUUUUCACGAUUAUGUAUAUUUUGUUGUAUCAAACGAUAAUAAAGUUUUGCAAUCUGAUUGGUAUAGUGCUCUUGAAUAA